CGGGGGCCGGCUUAGCGGGCGGACCGCAGCGGCGGCAUGGCGGGCCGGCGGGUGAACGUGAACGUGGGCGUCCUGGGCCACAUCGACAGCGGCAAGACGGCGCUGGCGCGCGCGCUCAGCACCACAGCCUCCACCGCCGCCUUCGACAAGCAGCCGCAGAGCCGCGAGCGCGGCAUCACGCUCGACCUGGGCUUCUCAUGCUUCUCGGUGCCGCUGCCCGCGCGCCUGCGGCCGGCGCCGCUGGGGGCCGAGCCCGAGCCUGAGCCAGGGGACGAGCCGCGGCUGCAGGUCACGCUGGUCGACUGCCCCGGGCACGCCUCCCUCAUCCGGACCAUUAUCGGCGGGGCCCAGAUCAUCGAUCUGAUGAUGCUGGUCAUUGACGUGACCAAGGGGAUGCAGACCCAGUCGGCCGAGUGCCUCGUGAUUGGGCAGAUCGCCUGCCAGAAGCUGGUCGUGGUGCUGAACAAGACCGACCUCCUGCCCGAAGGGAAGAGACAGGCGGUGAUUGAUAAGAUGACCAAGAAGAUGCAGAAGACCCUAGAGAACACCAAGUUCCGAGGUGCACCCAUCCUACCCGUGGCGGCCAGGCCUGGGGGACCGGACGCCCCCGAAACAGAAGCUCCACAGGGCAUCCCAGAGCUCAUUGAGCUCCUGACGUCCCAGAUUUCCAUCCCAAGGAGAGACCCCUCGGGCCCGUUCCUCAUGUCUGUGGACCACUGCUUCUCCAUCAAAGGCCAAGGCACCGUGAUGACAGGGACCAUUCUCUCAGGCUCCGUCAGCCUUGGUGACAGCGUGGAGAUCCCCACCCUCAAGGUGGUGAGGAAGGUGAAGUCCAUGCAGAUGUUCCACACACCCGUCACCUCUGCUGUGCAGGGGGACCGGCUGGGCAUCUGUGUCACCCAGUUCGACCCCAAGCUGCUGGAGCGUGGCCUGGUCUGCGCCCCCGAGUCCCUGCACACGGUCCAUGCAGCCCUCAUCUCCGUGGAGAAGAUCCAGUAUUUCCGGGGAUCCCUGCAGACCAAGGCCAAGUUCCACAUCACCGUGGGCCACGAGACGGUCAUGGGCCGGGUGAUGUUCUUCAGCCCCGCCCCCGACAGCUUCGACCAUGAGCCCGUGCUGGACUCCUUCGACUUCUCCCGGGAGUACCUCUUCCAGGAGCAGUACCUGUGCCCGGGCUCGGUGCCGGCCGAGACGGACGGUGGUGAGGCCGACAGGAGGGUGGGCCAGGCCUCCGAAGGCCGCUGCCCCCGGCAGCAGUGGGCCCUCGUGGAAUUCGAGAAGCCCGUCACCUGCCCGCGGCUGUGCCUGGUGAUUGGCUCCAGGCUGGACACGGACAUCCACGCCAACACAUGCCGGCUGGCCUUCCACGGCAUCCUGCUCCACGGUCUGGAAGAGAAGAACUAUGCCGAGAGCGCCCUGCCCAGGCUGCGAGUGUACAAGCUGAAGCACAAGCACGGCAUCGUGGAGCGGGUGAUGGACGACUACAGUGUGAUCGGCCGCUCCCUGUUCAAAAAGGAGACCAACAUCCAGCUCUUCGUGGGGCUCAAGGUGCACCUGUCCACUGGGGAGCUGGGGGUCAUUGCCAGCGCCUUUGGCCAGAGCGGCAAGUUCAAGGUCCACAUCCCUGGAGAGCAGCCCCUGCUGGGAAGAGGGCUCAACCUGGCAGGUGGGCUGGAGGGGAUGGUGGCGCGAGAUGGGGCAGCCUCCAGGCCUGGGCGCACGGCCCCCCUGGGAGAGGGCAGCCUCUGGAGGCUCCAGGACCCCUGUGUGCCCAGCCUGUCCCCCUCAGGCUCCUGGCUCUGUGUUGGUGCCCCUUUCAGAGCGCUCCCGCCGUCCUGCUCCGUACCCCGUACCCUUGGAGGGUGAGGCUUACGACUCACGGCACCCUCAUGUCGUCUGAGGCCCGGACCGCCACGGUAGAUGAGGCAGGAGCGUCCCCGAGGGGAGAGGUGGGAAGGCCCGACUCCCUUUUCCCUGUGGGUCCUUCUUCAGCCCCAGCCUCCCCGCCAGGCACAGCUAAUGGAGCCCCGCCUGGACCUCACCCAGGGCUUCCCUGGAGGGAAACACGCUGGAGCCCAGGGGGUGUCCCCUCCUCUCUGGCCUGGUCCCCACGGCCCCGCGACCCUGCACCCGUCACUGGGGGUACCCCAAGCACAGGCGCACAUGCAGAAAGUGACAGCCCUGGGGCCUGUCCAGGCCCAGCCACCGAGGGCCGCCCCUCGGAGAGGCCUACCGAGUCCAAGGAGGCCAGAGGGGGCCACCCACACCCGUGUCCCCGGGAGCCAGCGUCGCCUCCUCAGACUUGUCCCCGGCAGGGCACACCGUGUGGCCACAUCACCUCCUCCACCCUCUCCAGGCCCACACCCUGCUGAGGCCCAGGCACAGGGAGGGUGAUCAGGCUGCUCUUCUGGCCAGUACAACCUCUGAGCAAGCACAGCUGGGGCCACUUGGUGCCCCAGGGGGACAGCGGUCUGAGCACAGGACGGGGGGUGCCGGCUGUCUCACCGGUGGUCUUCCGAAAUCCUGUCUACACUCCCUGAGUGCUCCGGGGCCGUGUUCUGCGUGACUUCUGGGCAGGGCCUCCAGGAUCCCCAAGAAUUUGAACUUGGGCUCUCGGCUGAGUAUAGCCUGGGACCCACCUCACAGCACUCCCGCCUCUGCUCUCUGCCCGCCCUGCCUGGUCCACUGUUCAGGGUUCUGAACGGCCUGGAGCUGGCCGCCAUGCCUCAUGCCAGCCUUGCCUGACAGGCACCUCUGGAUGACCUAUGACCUCGCCCAGCACACGGGCGGUGUGGAGUUGGGGGGAGUAGGUUUAUGAGCAGAGGGGCUGGUGCGUUCCUCCACGACCUGGCGGCCUUGGCCUAGGGCACCAUCGCCACGGGACUGAGCGGCCGGCUGCCCCCCAGAGUCCCGACCGCUCCUCCCCGGCCCGCCUAAGACACCACGUGCUCCAGAACAGGGACUUCGUCUGGCCUGUGUGCCUGGUCCACCUGGGGCUGGGCGGGCUCGCCCCCCGCCCCCCCUCCACUGCUGCUGCAUCCUCCAAGUCCAGCCUCUGCUUACGUACCUCCAGGCACGGGGAGGUCCCUCCACACUAUCCCAGCCGAAUGACAGCUGAGACAAGCAGCAACUCGGGGGCGGCCACCAAGACAGCCCAGCACAGUGCAGGCCCUCUCUGGGGGACGCUCUGGUGGGUCCCAGGUCUGCCCUCUGCCCCUGCAGCCCCUCUGCCCCCAGGGCUCUCCUCCAAGGCGGCAUCCCCCGACCAGCACCUCCGAGAAGCUGGGCCCAGAACCUCGGUCCCCUGCCCUGGCCCUGGGCCUUGGAACGCUGCGGCUGCUGGUGGCUGCUGCAUCUUGCUCAUUAGUUCAUUGAUUCCUUUGACCAAGAUUGGACCAAAGUUUCCUGCACACUUGCCAGGGACUUGAGCGGCUUGGAACAGCCUGUCCCCUGAUGAGGGGUGCCCAGAAGGGCGGGGACAGUUGCCGCCGUGGCCACCAUGUCUGGGAAUCAUAGGCUGGCCUCUAUCCUGGGAGAGUCAGCGUCCAGAUCCUUCCUGCAGGUUCCACAGAACACCAGCACCUAGUGGCCAUGUAACCAAGUGUCUGGUUCCCAGACCUCACCUCGCUCAGCAGCCCUGGGACCCAAUGAGGCCUGGAGCAAGUGUCUCACCCUCUCUGUGCCACAGCAAAAUGAAAUGGCUAUUAGGACCUGCCUUGCUGGAUAGUGGUAUGAGUGAAAGGGACACACAGCAGAUGCUCACUAAACGCUCUGUGGCAGCCACCUGGGAGAACAGUUGGGGUGUUUCCUAAAAAGUGAAGCAGAGUCAUUGCCCCAAAGUGGAAACAACGCUAAUGUUUAUCAACUGAUGAACAGAUAAAAAGUGCUGGGCGCACCCACACACUACCUGGAAUAUUAUUCCGUGGAAUAUUUAAAUGAAAUAUUAUUCAGUGAUAAUAUAAUAAUAAAAAGGGAUGCAGUACCAAUGCUUGCUACAUGGAUGAACCUUGAAAACAUUGUUCUGAGUAGAAAAAGCCAGAUUCAAAGGAUGCCGUAUUGUAUGGUUCCACGUGUAUGAACUACCCAGAAGAGGCAAAUCCAUAGAGACAGAAGGGAGACUGGCGGUUUCCUAGGGCUGGGAGACGAGAGGAAGAGGGUGGCGGUCAGGAGGUGGAGGGGUUCUUUCUGGGGUGAUGAAAAUGAUCUAAAAUUGAUCAUGGUGAUGGAUGUACAGCUCUGUGAAUAUACUACAGCCAUUGAAUUAUACACUUUAAAUGAGGGAACUGUGUGGUGUGUGUUAUAUCACAGUAAAGCUGUUAAAAAAAAACUAAGCAAUGAAGUUACCAUAUGACCUAGUAAUUCCACUCCUAAGUCUGUACCCAAGAGAACUGAAAACAUACGUCCACACAAAAGCUUGCACACGAAUGUUCAGAGCAGCCUGAGUUGGGACAGUCAAACAGUGGAGAGGACCCGAGUGCCCAUCAGCUGAUGAACGGAUAAAUGAAAUGCGGUCCUAACAUGCAAUGGACUAUGAUUAGCCAGCAAAAGGAAUGAAAUACGGAUACGGACUCAACAUGGAUGAACCUCAAAAACAUUAUGUUCAGUGAAAGAAGCCAGAUAGCAAAGUCAUAGAUUGUAAAAUUCCAUUUACAAGCGUGUCCAGGAUAGGUAAGUCCAUAAUUGUAGAGAGUACCUCUGUGGUUGCCAGGGGCUGGGGGACCUAGUGGGAUGGCACUGACUGCUAGUGGCUAUGGCUCCCUUUUUGGGGACAAAAUGUUCUAAACUUAGAUUGUGGUAAUGGUUGCACCUCUUUGUAAAUAUGCUAAAACCACUGAAUUGUACACUUCAA